AUGUGAGCAAUCAUGGGCACCCAGGGCAGCCCUGUGAAGAGCUACGACUACUUGCUCAAGUUCCUCCUGGUGGGAGACAGCGACGUGGGCAAAGGAGAGAUCCUGGACAGCCUUCAAGACGGAUCUGCCGAGUCUCCAUAUGCCUACAGCAGCGGAAUAGACUACAAGACCACCACAAUCCUGUUGGAUGGGCGGAGAGUGAAGCUUGAGCUUUGGGACACCUCGGGACAAGGCAGAUUCUGCACCAUUUUCCGGUCGUACUCCAGGGGAGCGCAGGGGAUCCUGUUGGUGUAUGACAUCACCAACCGCUGGUCGUUUGACGGGAUAGACCGCUGGAUCAGGGAGAUUGAUGAGCACGCACCUGGUGUACCCCGUAUUCUUGUGGGUAACCGGCUGCACCUGGCAUUCAAGCGUCAGGUCCCUACAGAACAGGCACGUGCGUACGCAGAAAAGAACGGCAUGACGUUUUUCGAAGUGAGCCCUCUCUGCAACUUCAACGUCAUUGAGUCGUUUACAGAGCUGUCGCGCAUCGUGCUGAUGAGGCAUGGCAUGGAGAAGUUUUGGAGGCCCAACAGAGUUUUCAGCCUGCAGGACUUGUGCUGCCGCGCCAUUGUGUCCUGCACCCCCGUGCACCUAAUCGAUAAGCUGCCGCUUCCUGUGGCCAUCAAGAGCCAUCUGAAGUCGUUCUCCAUGGCCAACGGCAUGAAUGCCGUCAUGAUGCACGGACGAUCCUACUGCUAG